GUCGGUCAAGUCGGUGAUUGUCGCGCGUCGCUCAACAUUCCUCUCGCAUCUGGGACAUCUUCCCAAGCGGUGCGCGUGUCGUCCAUCAGUGAAUGACACCACCGCCGCCCGAGUUGCGAUUUGUUCGGUCACUGCGCGGUUCACCCAGACGAUGUUUACCCGGUCCUCCAAAACCACCUCCACGGUUACCUCCAUCGAAAUGGUCUCUCAAGCUCAAGUUCUCGACCGCUCCAUACCGGCGCAAAGCACGCUCUCCUCCACCUCACGACAUUCUCAUUCCAGCCGACGGCAUCGCUCGAGUCGCUCGCACCAUGGCGGUUUGACCCAUCAACCCCAGAACGAAUUUCCUAUUUUCACCCAUACCGGCGAUGUCGAAAUCGUGAUUCGUGCUGGGGGCCAGGAGCAACGCUACCUCCUUCAUCGACUAAUCCUGACUCAAUGCUCUGGAUUCUUCGAGGCAAGCACCCGCGAUGGAUGGUCACCGCAAGCCCCCUCCAGGCCAUCGAACCCAGAUCCGGGGGUCCUGUCCAGAAUCAGCGAGGACACCUCUUCUUUGUCCAACGGCUCGACCCUGGCUCAAUCAGAAAGCGGAGGGUCGUCCUGGUCGCCAGAGAGACGGCGUUGGAAAUACGAGCUCGACUGGGAAAACAAGGCCGAGGACGAGGAGCCUAUUCUCGUCCAAAAGCCGCCCAGCUAUUCCAGCGCCCUUGGAUGCGAACCCGGGCAGUAUCCCCCGUCGGUGACGAAACCGUCCAACACGCAGACGGGGUUUGUUCGAUCCAUGGCCAACUUGGCAGGGAUGCAGUCGGCGGUGGUCCUACCGCACAGGAACAGUGCGUCUAACCCGCCUGUCGAUCCUAUCGUUCGCGAUUACGACAAUCUGUUUCGCAUGUUCUACAACUACCCACCGAUGAUCAACAGUGUCAACAUCGCAACCGCCUAUUCCGAGUGUCGAGCUCUGCUAUCCUUGGCGGAUAUGUACGACGCGCUCCCUGUCACCGGACCACGGGUGGACCACCAUCUCCUGGGCUUCGGAUCGCGGCUAUUUAAGCAGAUCGCCAAGUAUCCUCCCAGCUACCUCAAACUAGGCUACAUGGCGCGCAGCCGGGUCAUCUUCUCCGAAGCAUUGAUCCACGUCGUCGGACAAUGGCCGGCCGCUCUGCCGCACCUGCGCAACGGUAGCUACUCGCCGCUUCCGAACGCGGUCCUCGAUAUCAUCGAGGACAAGGUCGAGGAUUUGGAAGACUUGAAAGCGCGCAUCGACUCCAAGUUACUCCGGCUGACCCUGACCACCUCGCGCGGCGAGCGCGUCAGCCCGACGAACGCCUACCUGGACUGGCUGGCCGUGUCCUUGUUCCGGCAAUGGUUUGUCGACAGCACGACGCCACCUCCGCCUCCCAUUCUCAAAAAUACAUCCACGAACCCGAGUCAUCACCACGGCCACAGUCACAGCCACAGUCACAGCUACCACCGAUCCACCGCCAAUUUGCCCUCAUCAUCCUCGGGCUCCACCUCCCCCCCUUACUCCCCCGCGCGCAUCUACCGCCUCAUCGGCUCGCCGUCCACCCAAGCCUAUCUCUCGCACGAGGACCUCAAACGCUUCCUGAAAGUCCACCCCACCCCCUCCGCCGAAGCCCUUUACAACCGCGACGUCAUGAAACGCUUUGAGCGCAAGAUGGACGAGAUCAAGCGGCUGGCCCGCGAAAUCGUCAAACCCCUGAUGCGGAACUUUCUGGAACUGGAUCUCAAAGACGGCAGCGGCAGCAGUAGCGGUCACAGCAGUGAAGGAGGUAGCGGGGUACCGUACUUGACUUGCACCAAGGUUGAAGACGAGGAUAUCCCAUGGGAGUGACGCGAUGGUAAAAAAAAACAAAAGCCCAUUGCAACCCCGGACACGCUACACAUGAUUUCCACGCGCCUUUAUGUUUUAUAUUGUUUACGUUUCGACGACCUCUUCUUACCCCCACGAGCCAAACUCACUCACUCCUUUUGCUUUCCGUUU